AUGGGAAGGAGAUAUCACCCUCAGAUCAUUAGAUUCGCUUUGUCCCUUCAUGGAAAGUCACCAUCAGCGUAUCGAGAGCUGAGAGAUAGUGGUGCAUUAAUCUUACCAAGCGAAAGAGUUCUAAGGGACUACAAAAACUAUUUCAAACCAAAGGCAGGAAUCAACAGUGAAGACGUUGAAGAUUUGCGAGGAAAAACUGCUAACUUCAAUGAUAUCCAGAGAUAUGUUGUGGUCAUCAUGGAUGAAAUUAAAAUCCAAUCAAAUCUUGUCUUUGACAAGUAUUCUGGGGAUUGGUUGGAUUGAUUGAUCUUGGGAAUCCGAUGACCAAUUUUGCCAACCUUCAACAAGAAGGUACCUUGGCCAGUCAUGCUUUGGCAUUCUUUACAGGAAAUGUCACAUCAUUCCAGUUAAUGCCCAUUUUCUGGAAAGUGGUUUCUACUUUGGAGAUAUCGGUGAAGCUAUGGGUGUGCACUGCAGUAAAUGAUGGUGCUUCUCCUAACCACAAGUUCUUUCACCUCCAUGCCAAAUUAGCAGCUGAUCUGAUGUGUGAUAUUGUAUACAAGACACCAAAUCUUUUUGCAAUGUCACGCUUCAUCUACUUUUUUGCAGAUUUCCCUCAUUUGUUAAAAACUGCAUGGAACUGCUUAUACAAUUCUGGGUCUGGUUCGUGUAGCCGUUACAUGUGGAAUGAUGGCAAGUAUCUUUUAUUCAGGCACAUUGCAAAUCUGUACUACAGCGAGCAACAGUUUGCUCUCCACACUCUUCCCAAGCCAGGGUUGGAUCAUAUUGUUUUUACGUUGUACAGUAAGAUGAAGGUACACAAUAAUACAGUACUUGUCUAAUAAACAUUCAAUGACACAGACAGUUAAUCCACAUACAAAUGCUUUUCAUUUUUUAGGAACUCUAGUAAAUACAGAGCAGAUGGGCAAUGUAUUUGGAUAUUAAUAUGGCAUUUUUGUUGUUACUCUUUUUAUUAAUUUCCUCUCUAAUUAGAAACAGGAAAAUAAAAUAAGCAAAUGAGUAACAACAAACUGUCAUUGUUUAGAUACUGUAUGGUAACAAAUAAUUAAUUGCAUUGAUUUUUUAUUUAUUAGGUGAAGUUGGCUACCCAAGUCUUAAGUACAUCUGUUGCUAUAGCACUGGAAGAAUGUGGAUAUGCUUAUGUCCUUGCAACAGCGAAGUUCUGCAAAAUGAUGAAUGAUUUCUUUGACUGCACAAAUGUGAUGUCAAUGACUGAAUAUGUCAGUAAAAGAAAUCAAUUUGUCAAGCCAUACACCUGCCAAGAUGACGAGCGAUUCAGCUGGCUGAAAGAUGUGUUCUUGGGGUACUGGAUAGUUGGAAAAAUUCGACAAUGGCAAGAGAUGGUGAAUACUCCACUAACAACAGAGAGAAAAUGUUUCUUUCCACCCAGACCUACAAGGGUCUCAAGAUCUCUGUCUACUCCCAUAUUGAGGCAAUUCAGUUCUUGCUUGCUCAGGGAUUUCAAUACGUUCUGA